UGGCUCAAGGAAUCCGCACGGCCCGCGAGAUCCAGCAGGAGUCAUGGUCAACAUCCCGAAGACGCGGAACACCUACUGCAGGAAGUGCAGGAAGCACACUGGCCACAAGGUGUCUCAGUACAAGACGGGCAAAGCCUCCUUGAGCGCGCAGGGCAAGAGGCGAUACGACAAGAAGCAGGCGGGCUUCGGAGGCCAGACGAAGCCGGUCUUCCACAAGAAGGCAAAGACUACCAAGAAGAUCGUGCUGAAGUUCGAGUGCACCAAGUGCAAGGCAAAGCGAAUGAAGCCCAUCAAGCGCACCAAGCAUUUCGAGCUCGGCACGGAUUCAAAGAAAGGUAAGAACGAGUAUGGCAGCAAGUACCGCUGAGACAACGGCUGCCGCAGGAUUCCACGGAUGCGAGUUGA